AUGGAACUAAAUUCAGUUUUAAAGGUGAAUUUUGGCAAACAACGAUGGGUUGAUCACAUCGGAAAAAAUUUCAAAGAAGAGAUUGGGAUUGAUGUUAGCAAUAUUCCUGUAAGUGUUUUCAAUGUCCCCAAAUCAAUUAGUCGUUUUAAGCCUGAGGCUUACGUACCUCAGGCUAUUGCUCUAGGACCUUAUCACCACUUUGAGACACAUCUCUAUCAAAUGGAGAGGUACAAAGUUGCUAUUGUUAAAGCAUUCUUGAAUCCUGAUCAAGUCAUUUCUUUCGAGCCACUGGUGAUUGAUAGGCUUAGAAAGGUGGAGCCCAUGAUUCGUGCGUGUUACCACAAGUAUCUAGACCUUGACGAUGAAACGUUAGCUUGGAUUGUCGCAAUUGAUGGCUUAUUCAUACUUGAUGUCCUAAGGCAUUAUGGUGAAAUUGAUCGUUUCAUACCUAAAAAGUUGGUGAACUACGCAGUACUCUAUAGAGACAUGAUGGUACUCGAAAACCAAAUGCCCUUAGUGAUCUUGAAUGAAAUGCGAAAGAUCAUUAAUACUUCACCACUUGAUCAUGAUGAUGAUCUUGAAUUACUCUCCAUGUUAAUAGGGUUUUGUGAGGUACAUUCUCCACUCAAAUUAACUCGCACUUUAGAUAAUUCUAUUGGGACAAGAAACGGGACAAGAAACUAUUUGCAUUUGCUUGAUCUUAUGUAUCAUUUAAUUGUCAAUAAUGAAUCACCUAAAGAAGGUUUUCGCAUUGAAUCAUCUCAAGAGGAACAAGUUAAUGGUGUGGAUGACAUAAGGAGAAAGCACCAUGUAAUUGGAAACAUGAUGGAUGAUAUAAUGGAAAUGGGGCAAAAGUUGGGCAAGAUUAGAAGGUUUGGCAAGGCGAUCAAUGUCAUAGUAAGCAUCCCAUGGGAGAAAAUAUCGAAUUUACUAGGAUUUCAUAUCGGCAAAGGGUUAGAGAAAAAGGAUAGUGAAGAUCAUCCCCGUGUAACUGAAAUUAAAAUCCCCUCGGUAUCCUCUUUAAGUAAAUAUGGGAAGAUCUACUUUAGCCCUACAACCGGAGGGAUUAGGGACACUAAGUUUGUAUCAAACGAAGGCACUCUGUAUCUUCCGGUCAUCACUCUUGAAAUCUAUCAUGAUGUUAUAUUGAGAAAUCUAGUAGCUUAUGAAUUCGCUACCUCAAGUUCAUCUAUGGAGUUGGCACAAUAUAUCGACUUGAUGAGUGGCAUCAUAGACACGGAGGAAGAUGUUAUGUUGCUCAAGGACAAAGGAAUAAUCAUAGGAACUAUGCCGAAUACAAAUAUUGUCGAUUUCUUUAAUGGGAUGAACAAGUCGAAUGAACAUAAAAGGGGUAACCAAACUGUUGAACAACUUAAUGCAUACUACAACCAAAGGUUGGGAAUUAAGGUAUGGAAGUUCAUGAAGAGAAAAAUGCGUGGUUCACGAAAAGUGCUAACUAUUGUUUUUACCAUUUUGGCAUGCUUGUUGAUGAUUGUGUAUUCCUUUUGUGAAGUCUAUGGUUGUCCUAAGUUGUUUAAUAAUCCAACAUAG